UCCACGGCCGCACUUGAUGCUGUUGUCGCUACUCGCGUAACUCGCGGGUCGGCAGUGAUUCCACAGGUGUACUGCAAUCACCAUAUAUUAGAUCAGUUAUACGCAAUUUAGAACCAUCAUAGCGCACAAAAAAACAAAAUAUGCUGAAUAAUCGUUAUCUCGUCGAUUGUACAGUGUGCUCGAAGCUCCUAUUAUGAAUCAAAGUCGCAGCUCGGUGGUGCGAGUGAAUCUUCUUUUUUUCGCUAAGUCGCGCGAGCUGGUUGGGACUUCAACCUGCCCAAACUUUGUCCUUGCCACGUCUGGAGGGUCGUUGAGUGGUUCCGGAAUAUUGGAUUCGAUCUGCGAGCAGUUCCCUGCGCUGAUGGUGCUUAGAAAUAAUGUUAUUAUAGCCCAUAACGAAGAGUACUGUGAAGAUUUGGACGCACUAGUCGAUCUUGAGGACGGCGACGAGAUUGCGGUGAUUCCACCCAUUGCUGGCGGAUGA